AAACAAAACGUCACGGUUCAGCAGCCAUAGCACACAAUUGAGGAAGCCUCGCAGGAAAAGAACCAAACGAAAACAAAACGGUUUGUAGGGUUUCAAACCCUCUUCUUCUUUCCAUCCAGCGCAGCUGAUAUAGCUCUCAUUACGCCCUCCGAUCUCUUCCACCCCGAGAGUUCGAGGGUGGCUGCGGGCAGGGAGGUAACAUUCUUCGACGCGGGGUCAGUGUAGAAGGAACGGAGCAGGCGCUGGCUUCAUCCAUGGAUUUGGAUUCCAAUGGUGGCGGCGGUGGCCGGAUGUCUUGCGACUGCUCCUGCCGCUUUUGCGGCUAUGGUUCGCUGGUCUCCUCUAGGAGCGGCAGAUCAUUGAAGCGGAAGAUCGAACUGGUGAGUGAGGGGGCGCGGUGCGGGCAAAUCGUGGACUUGGCUCACGUGGAGAUUGAGAAAGAGGUGGCCGCCCUCCGCGAGGCCAUGGGCAGCCAUCAGCAGUCGAUCCAAGUGCUCUGCUCCGAGCUCGAGGAGGAGCGCUCUGCGGCAGCCACCGCCGCAUCUGAGGCCAUGUCGAUGAUUCUCCGCCUCCAGCGUGAGAAGGCUGACGCCCAGAUGGACGCCCGACAAUUCAAGGGCUUCGCUGAGGAGAAGAUGGCGCACGACCAGCAGGAGAUCGCUCUUCUCGAGGACCUCCUCUACAAGCGGAAUCAGGCUAUCGAAUCCUUCUCCUAUGAAAUCCAGGCUUACCGCCACCGCCUGCUCUCCUUUGGCAUCAGCCCCUACCUCUCCGAGCUCAGCCCCCUUUCCAUUAACUGUGAAGUUAGUGAUUUCCGUGAAAAUGUCACUGCCUUCCCUAACGCGGAACCGGAGAACAAGUACGCCUUUGGCUCUCCGUCUUUCCGAAUGGAGCUCUGCAAGAACGAGUUCUCAGCUGGCGUUGAAUAUGCCUCUGAUACCUGCGGUGGCAGCAAGGAUGACAUUAGUGAUCGGGUAUAUACAAUCGAUGCUUUGAAUGGCGUGGAUGGGGUGGAAGAUGAUCGUAGAAGCAUGCCAAGGGAGCUUGUGAGCAAGAGGGAUGGGAUUUUUGAAGAUACUGAUGAAGCUGAAAUGAGGAGCUUGUAUGCGAGGCUGCAGGCACUGGAAGCCGACAGGGAGUCGAUGAGGCAAGCUAUCUUAUCGAUGGGGAUGGGUAAGGCGCAGGUGGUGCUGCUUAAGGAUAUUGCUCAGCAGCUUUGUGAGGAGGUGAUGCCAGAGAGAAGGGUCGUGAAGAAGCCUCCUUUUGUAGGGAUCUUUCCACUCAUUUCUGCCAUUCAGCCACCGAGCCCUCUUUUCGCACCCGGCGCUCGUACAGCUCCAUUUUGCCCGCCAUUUCGCUCGACUGAGAGGCUGCCUAGGGCAGUUCGGCGCCCACCGGCUUGGCCUUCCACCUUCGUCGACUUGUCAGGGAGGUCGCUGCAGAGCGUCUGUGUCACCAGCAAGAAAUCCAUUGAUUUUAGCCAGAUUUUAGCCUUUCAGUGGCUGGCAUCCUUUUUCUGUUGGAAGAAGAAGUCGUCAAAGUCGUCAAGAAUCAAGUACACGUUUGGGCUAUCUAUUCUCAUCGUUGGCUUAAUGAUCCUUUUAGAGAAAUCUCAGUGCAGGAGGCAGGCAAGAUGUCUUACUAGAGUGCGCAGAGGUGACAACAAUCAUUAGCUCAACUAAUGGAACUGUACUGGAUCACAUGCUUGUUUUCACUAAACUGCAUAAGAAUUCAGAUUGUAUUCCUCUACUUGAAUGCUUGGAGUCUCCUUUGACACUAUCUGGCUCAAUAUCCCACGGGAGGUAAUACCUUUUUUAUACUGUACAAAUUUCCUUGGCCUUAUUGUUUUCUGUUUUUUUUUUUUCUUUCAAUGUAAAGUUUUAUAAACUUCCUCUGAUACCUCCUUAAUUGAAGCAAAAUUACUGUUA